AACAUAAAACUAUCUUGCCUUUCGUUCGGCGACGUUCGGCCGGCUUUUGUUUGGCAAGUUGGUUCAGCAUUGGAAAGCCCCCAUUGGCUUUCAAUUUCAAGAGAACUGAUGGAUGGGCAUACUAAUCUGUAACAUUUUCCACGACUGUGAAAAACCUAGAUUCUAGAUUUGGAUCAAGUACUUGAACCACAAUCGAAUCCUGCGCUGCAGCACUAGCCUUGCAAGUAGAUUUUAGAUCUAGAAUCUACACUGUACACUGUUUACUUAGAGUUUGGGCAAAGGCAAAUUACAGCAGCAGUCAUGUUGACCGCAGCUUCGGCACAGUUUUCCCGUCUCCAGUUCCUAAACGUUGGAGGUCUCCAUCAGUUAAAGUACUGUCAUCACUUUUUGCAACCCCUGCACUUGACAAGACGCCAUCUUCAGAGCCGCAUCGCAGGAAAAGGGAAGAGAAGUUUUGUUCCUAAAUACAAAGUGGAUGGAAUUUCGAGGGACUUCAGACUCAUUUACGAGAGUAAUUUAAAGAACUGGAUUACAAGUUUUCGAUUAACCGUGACUCUCACAGGAAUGAUAUCGACCGGAGUUAUUGUGUUUGGGUUACAGACACAGCCAGAGAAGAGGACUACUGGGGAAAUACAAACCUUGUGCUGUGCCGUUGCCCUUCUUUUCAUUAUAGUGAUUGUGACAAAUGUUGUGGCUAGACAGUUUUUCACGAGAAUAUACUACAACCCAUCCAGCAAGUGUUUUAUAGCCGUUCGUCGGACAAGCUUUGGCCGGUUAGAACAACUGAAAUAUACUGCUAAAGAUGUUCAGUCCAAGUUUGUAGAAGGUUCCGACAUUCAUGAAGGCACUCAAGUGACAAUCAUGGGUCGUAAGUGCCAUUUGAAUGCUUCAGAUUUUAUAUCGCCCUCCUUUUAUAAUGUGCAUUUAGGAACGAACCAUGAAGAACCACAAGAAUCAUAUUUUAAAGGUCCACCAGUUUAAUCUUUACACUUACAAGUUCUCUGGACCGUCAUAAUGACCUAACACUCACAGAAGAUGGAAAGUCGAUUGAAAAUUUGAUGAAUUUGGGACUUGCACGUUUUGGUUUGCUUUUCUGUCUGAAAUAUGUUUAUAUUGUUAUAAAAUUAUAUUUAGUUUAUUGACUGUGAACUGUGUGGUUUGAUAAAAAUUAUAUAGUCAUAUUUUGUUUUCUAUGUCAUUCAGAGCUGUUUGUGUGACUUGUUCUCUGUUGUUGUUUAAAUGAAUACAUCUACAUCGAGUAACAUUUAAAAGAAGUGUCAACAGUGUAACAGUACGUUCAAUUAUAAACUAUACUUAUACUACUGUCGAACUGGUUACACCACUCUGGCUCAUGAUCAUAUAGGCUAUUAGGCAAAGAUGAAAAAAAAA